UUCUCCAGUGAGAAAAGGAUCACUUGCAGCUUGGAAGAAGGAGAGAUGGCUUUACGGGGUGCCGAAAACUCAUGUGAGCUGCCCGUCAGUGACUGAGUUCCACCUCGCGUAGGCCUCGGGGAUGAAGGUUGCUGGCGUCUUGACCCUGCUUGGGUUCCUGGUCACAGCCACGGAGUCCAAAGUCUACACUCGUUGUAAACUGGCAAAAAUAUUUUCGAGAGCUGGCCUGGACAAUUACGGAGGCUUUAGCCUUGGAAACUGGAUCUGCAUGGCAUACUACGAGAGCCACUACAACACCACGGCUCAGACAAUCCUGGAGGACGGGAGCGUCGACUAUGGCAUAUUUCAGAUAAACAGUUUCACGUGGUGCAGACAUGCGAAGCUGCAGGAGAAGAACCACUGUCAUGUGGCCUGCUCAGCCUUGGUCACUGAUGACCUCACGGAUGCCAUUAUCUGUGCCAAGAAAAUUGUCAAGGAGACAGAGGGGAUGAACUACUGGCAAGGCUGGAAGAAGAACUGUGAAGGCAAAGACGUGUCCGAGUGGAAAAAAGGAUGUGAGGUUUCAUGAUCGGGAACCGGACCACAGAUGCUUUGCGAUGACUCUUUAGGAUUUGUAAUGAGCGUCUAAAUGUUCUUGCCAUCUUACCCCUUUUCCUCCCGCUAUUUCUUCUCCA